CGCCAUACAUAUACAGCGAUGACGGCACAGCGAGCAGCUCCCCAUCGACCCCAGGCUCACAACUCCCAGCCUGAUGCAGCGUCCGGCCUUGCUCGUCCACGUCUUCGCCGCGCUACUCUGCUGCAGCCCGCUCCUCGCGGCCGGUCAGGCAGCGGCCGCCGCUGCAUAUGCUCCCCAACUGGCCCCGUGUCCAGCAGGCUUCUCGCUGGUUCGCGAGGCAGGCACCGAAGCUCAGUCUCAGACCCUAAGUCAAGGCGAGCGCGAGUACAUCUCGGCCAAGCAAUAUACAGUGCUCCCGGACGCGUGGAAGUCUUAUCUCUCUUCCGUGGAAGGCAGCGCGAGUGGUAGCUCGUUGCCAGCAUAUGUUUCCGAAAUUCUCGGCGGAAACUAUGGAUGGACGGCCUAUCCUAGGUUGGGCAUUGCAGCAAGUGGGGGCGGGUACCGCGCGGCGACGUUCGGUGCCGGCGUGCUCAACGCGCUCGAUGGGCGUAAUGUCUCAGCGGUCGCAGCUGGUACAGGUGGUCUCCUGCAAGCGGCGACCUACCUCACCGGACUAUCCGGAGGGAGCUGGCUGGUGACGUCGCUCGCCCAAGCGGAUUUUCCUACAAUCCCGGAUCUUGUGUUCGGACCCGCCACCGCGAACUCAACAGGCUUUGGUGGAUGGAAUGCAGUGUACAGCCUGCUAGAACCGAGCAAUGACCCCAUUGUCAACGCCGCCUACGUGCUUGACGUCAUUGGAGAGGUAGGGGACAAGAACGCAGAAGGGUUUCCGGUGACCAUUAGCGACGUUUGGGCUCGUGCCCUGUCGAGGCACUUUGCCAAUGGUACGGACGCGGCGAACUUUUACGACACAAGCGCCACCCACGGUGCUGGGAUCACUUUCUCCUCGCUGCCAAAUCUAGACACGUUCCAAACUUACGUGCAACCGUUCCCUAUAUUGGUCUCGGAUUCCUGGUCGCCGCACGGGAAUUUCUCCGCUGAGGCGGACCUCGAGGAUGCUUACGUCCCACUAACUAACCCGAUUUAUGAGUUCAACGUCUACGAGUUUGGUUCGUACGAUCCAAUGCUCGGUGCCUUCAUCCCCAUGGCAAACAUGGGCACAACAAAUGAAAGCAUUUGCGUUACGAACUUUGACCAGGUUUGUUUCGUCGAGGCGCUCUCCGCAAGCCUAUUCAACGAGUACAACAGCUCCGCUGCAGCUUUGAUGAACUCAUCCAUAUAUGAGCUCAUCGAGAUCUUGGAAGAACUGCUACCUCAGACAUUGAUCGACUACACCGUCGGCAUCGUACCGAAUCCGUUCCAAGGCUUGCACCCGGAGACGUUUAUCGACACGAAUGAGACGUACCUGCAGAUCGUCGAUGGCGGAGAAGAUGACGAAACCGUACCCCUCCAGCCAUUGCUCGUCAAGGCUCGUGAAGUCGAUGUUAUCUUCGCUAUUGACGCGGCAUCAGAUACGGAGUACAACUGGGUAGACGGAAGCUCUAUCAUAGCUACCCAGGAGCGCAUGGCGUACUUCGCCGGGACGUACUCUUUCCCGCCUGUACCACCAGACAACAGCACCUGGCUCACCGAGGGGCUCACCACGCGCCCGACCUUCUUCGGUUGCAACAGCAGCGGCGCAUCCGGGGCGCCGCUCCUCGUCUACCUGGGCAACGGCGGGCCGCCCCUCGGCGAGACCACCGCCUACACGAACACGUCGACCGAACAGCUCGCGUACAGCGCGGACGAGCUCGAGGCGAUGCUCAGCCAGACGUUCGACGUCGCGACGCAGGGCAUCCCGAGCGACACGGAGAGUGGGUGGGAGAAGGACCCGGAGUGGGCGGGUUGUUUGGCUUGUGCGGUUGUGGAUCGGGCGAGGGAGCGGCAGAGUAUUGAGAGGAGCGGGUCGUGUCAGAGCUGUUUGGAGCGGUAUUGCUGGAGCUGAGCGUGCACGGCGACGAUUCGACAUUACUUGACAGACUCAACGGGACAAGGAUACUUUUGGACAUGCCCACACCCUAAUCUUUGAAUAUUUAUACUCAUGGAACGCACACACCUGUCUCUAGGGUCGCUGACAUUGCCAGUCAUUACCA